AUGCACUCAUCUCGCCACUGGUGCGCCGCGGCGUUCUUUGUCUCGACAGUGUUGGGCGCUGCGGUACCGUCGCCGAACAUCAAGUCGGCGAGAGAUGCCGAUGCUGCAUUCCAGAACACUGCCAGCAGCCUCGUCUGGGACCGAUGCCCGUCGCGGCUAAACCAGACGCUGCUGUGCUCCAAUAUCAGCGUGCCGCUUGACUGGAACGAUCCCGGCGGUGAGAAGAUAACGCUCGGCUUCGCCAAGCUCCCCGCCAGGGAUCCGUCGAGGAGGAUCGGCAACUUGUUCAUCAGCCCGGGCGGACCAGGCAACCAGGCCUCGGGCAGUCUCUCCUCCACCGCCCGGAGGCCGGGGCGGUUGCACCCGGAGCUCCUGGACCGCUUCGACCUCAUCGGCCUGGACCCGAGGGGCGUCGGGCUCAGCACGCCGGUGCGGUGCGACAAGGACGUCUACAACAAGCGCGUCAAGUACUUUGUCGAGACGCAGGCCGAGUACGACGAGAUGGUGGCGGGCAACAGGGCGCUCUGGGAGAGCUGCCUGGCAAGGACGGGCCGGCUGGUCCACUUCCUGGACACGGUCAGCGCCGCGCGGGACCACGAGGCGGUGCGGCUCGCGCUGGGGGGAGGCGAGAAGGCCAGUUUCAUCGGUUUCUCGUACGGCUCGCAGCUGUACGCGCAGUACGCGGAGCUGUACCCGGACGGCUUCCGCGCCAUGCUCCUCGACGGCGCGCUGCAGCACUCGCAGGGGGAGGCGGCCAAUGUGCUGAUCGAGGCGACCGCGUUCGAGGCGACCCUGAGGCAGUUUUUCGCCUGGUGCGCCGCCGACAAGACGUGCCCGCUGCACGGCCAGGACGUCGAGGCCGCGUUCCACGCCGCCGUCGCGCGCGCCAGGGACGGCGGGCCCGUGCCCGCGCCGGGCUGCGACGGCGUCGGCUGCAGCACCGACGUGUCCGAGGAAGAGCUGUACCUCUCGAUCCAGGGCGGGCUGGGCCACACGUCGGACUGGGCCGCCAUGGCGCAGGGCUUGAUGGACACGGCAAAGGGCGACGCGAGCAUCUUCUCCGUCGUGCCGCGCACGGGGGACGUCUACUCCGACUCGGACGCGUACGCGUACCGCGCCGUCAUCUGCCAGGACUGGACGACGAGCCGGACGCUCACCGACCUGCGGCACAAGCAGCGCCUCGGCGACGCGGUCACGCCGUUGGUCAGGGGCCACACCCAAAUGUACACGCUCCAGGCCUUUUGUGUCGGCUGGGGCGCGGCCGUGACGAACCCGCCGCGACCCUUCAAGUACGAGGGGACGACGCCCAUCCUGCUGACAAACGCCAUGUACGACCCCAUCACGGGCUACGCCUGGGCCGUCGGCAUGGCCGAGGAGCUGGGCGGCAGCGCGACGCUCCUUACGCGCAAUGGGUCGGGACACACCAGCCUCUACCUGCGCGACGGGGACACGCCGGCGGCGCAGACGGCAUAUCUUGUCAAUCUGACAAUGCCGGCGCCUGGAACCAUUUUCAGUACAUAA